GCUCGCGUGUGAUGUGUUUGUGUAUCCUCAGUGUUUUUCUCUCUUGAGUGUUUUAUUGAGUGUAAACAGAGUCUUGUCUCUGUGUAUUUUAGUGUUGAUGAUGGAUGUAAUGUGCUGGAAAUCAGAAACUGAUCAGGGCUUACAGGAGGAGGAAUCUACUGAUCAAACCUCCACAGAGUCUCUGGAUUCUGUCUGGAACGCUGGAGAACAGCAGCAGAUCCUGCAGACCAAACUCAACAUGUGUUCAGUCAAACUAAAGGACUGUGGGAACCAAACUGAGAUUAAAACAGAACCCACAGAAAUAAAAAUAGAACCAACAGAAGACGACGACGACGAUGAUGAUGACUACGACGACGACGACGACGAUGAUGAUGAUGAUGAUGACUACGACGACGACGACAGUGAGUACAUUCCUUCAGAUAAGAAGAGUGUCCGUUUUACUAACUUACACGAGAAGAAACUUCAUUCAGAAGAUCACAAAGAGAAGAAGAAGAAGCAGUUUCCCUGUGAGCAGUGUGGAAGGAUUUGUGUUUCUUCUUCUAGUCUGAUCAUUCACAUGAGGACACACAGUGGUGAAAGGCCUUUCCACUGCACUUACUGUGACAAAUGUUUUCUCUGCAAAGGAAGUCUUAAUGUUCAUGAGAGAACUCACACAGGAGAAAAACCACACCAGUGUCCUCUAUGUGAGAAGAGAUUCAUUAGUGGACACCAUUUAAACAAACAUGUGCGUUUACACACCAAUGAGAGACCGUAUCAGUGCAGUGAAUGUGGAAAAACCUUUAGGAUUUUAGAUUCUUUAAGACACCAUAAAGUAACACACUCUGAAAGACUUCAUCAAUGUUCACACUGUGAUAAACGUUUUUAUCAUAAAAAGGAUCUGAUAAUCCAUGAGAGAGUUCACACGGGAGAGAGACCUUAUCUCUGUUCUCACUGUGGAAAGAGCUUCUCUAAUCCAAGUACUUUUAAAGUCCAUCAGAGAGUUCAUACUGGAGAGAAACCUCAUCACUGCAGUGUUUGUGGGAAGAGUUUCAGUCGACGUUGCAAUCUAGUGACACACCAGAGAAUUCAUACAGGUGAAAAACCUUACAAAUGCUCUCAGUGUGGAGAGGGGUUUAAUCAAGCGGUUCUUCUGAGAAUCCAUCAGAGAGUUCAUACAGGCGAGAAACCUUACCGCUGCUUGAUCUGUGGAGAAAGAUUCGCUAAUGUAGGACCUUUUAAGACUCAUCAGAAGAAGCAUGCUGAACAACAAACUGAUCUGUGAAAAAGACAAAUAACUUGUACAUAAAAGAUUUUUUACCAACACAAUUCACAUUUGUAGUGGACUUUGUAUUUUCUUUCCUGUACUGUAAUUAUAGUUACAGUUAUAGUAUAAGUUUUUUUCCUUUCCAAGAUACCUUUAUUAACUUAAAGAGCACAUAUAGCAUUGCUAAAAUGUGGUUGCGUGGUUUAUGGUGCAAAAAACACAUUAUUUUCUCCUUUAUGCCCUGCCUACCUAAAACACAUUGAUUUUGUAUAAAGCUCAUUGAUUUGAAAAGCGUUUUGUUCCCGUUUGGCCAGCUUACCAGUAUGUUGGGAUUGGCCUGAAUACCUCUGACGUCAGACAAAAAAACCAUUCUUACUUUAAAGAUUAGCUCACAAUGUAAUACUGACAGGAGUUAAUAUUGUGUUUACUAGCGGAAUCUGAUCCUGAAAAUGCAGAUGACCAAGCUGAUCGAUUAACUUUACCAGCUUUAGCAGGAUGUAACAGAUUGGUAAGGUAAGGAUACCAAAACAUUAAAACCAUGUUUGCAUUUGUGAUCGUAGAAACGACAAACAAGUGCUACUGCAUAAAACUUUGUGUUUGAAUCAUGGUUUAGUCAGUCUCUUUAAAUAUGAAAACAUAGACUACUUGUAGGCUGUGAGUCAGAAGUGGGGAAGAAUUAUGAUAAUGACCGUUGUGUCCACAUCAACCGGCCCAGGAAGUAAACUCUUGCCUACAAUCUGUGUUUUAUGUUGGAAAUGAUAACUCGCGUCAUCUUCAUUUGUACCUUAUAUCAUUAACAUGUACUAAUAUACACUUACACACCAAAGGAUGUGUAAAAUCUUGA